CUGAUGAAUGUUGGUGGCUGAUGCUGGUUCGAUGUUUGCGCAAAGAAGCAUACCACGCAUGCCCUCUGUUGUAAGGCCGGUACCCAAGUGGCCGACAGCCAUGGCAACAUUAAACUGUGCGGCUCACCGUCCCCUUCCUGAUCGACUGACUUCCUCGUACAGCUUUUCAGGGUGACUGGUGUAAUGGCACUUCUUACAUCGAAUGGAAAGGAUCCAUGCCAGGCCUCUCUUUUCCUCCCCAUGCUUGUUCCAGUCCAGUGAACCGUCACAGUCCAGGAAUUUCUUCCGCAACAGGAGAAGGAAUGAAGUUGGCAGGACUUUCCGCACUGUCCUUGGUAGCAGCUGAUGAUGGAACAGACAGCAGUUUACAUGGCCCGUUUCAUCAAAGAUGCAUUGGAAGCAGCAGCACUAUCUCCAUCACUGGUGAAAUGGGAAAUGAUGAGUGGACAGUCAUCACUUUGCAGCUCACUGAUGCAUUUCGCAGCCCAUCUCUUUUUGUCUUUAAUGGUGGUCUCUGGAGGAAUGGUUGCAGUGCAGCCUUCAUGUCCGGGGCAGGUCUGAUGAAUGUUGGUGGCUGAUGCUGGUUCGAUGUUUGCGCAAAGAAGCAUACCACGCAUGCCCUCUGUUGUAAGGCCGGUACCCAAGUGGCCGACAGCCAUGGCAACAUUAAACUGUGCGGCUCACCGUCCCCUUCCUGAUCGACUGACUUCCUCGUACAGCUUUUCAGGGUGACUGGUGUAAUGGCACUUCUUACAUCGAAUGGAAAGGAUCCAUGCCAGGCCUCUCUUUUCCUCCCCAUGCUUGUUCCAGUCCAGUGAACUGUCACAGUCCAGGAAUUUCUGUGAGUGCUCUUUAAAUGCAUGGUUCCAUAGUUUAGCAGUUUUUUAUUGAUGGAGCACUUUGAAAAGUCUGGAAUUGGGGUUCGGUGACUCUGCAUCCAUGUAGGAGUCUACCAGCUGCACUUCACUUGGCCCGGGUCGCAAAAUCUUCAUUUGACUGCCUCUACGCUCAGCAUCGCUUAUUGUGAAUAUUCCAUCCUUCUGCUGCUGUACGACAUCCUGAAACUCUUCUUUACUCAGCCUUCUUAUAGGACAUAGACACUGUACUGUGCUGGUGGUCCCUGUCCUUUUCUGGCCCUUGUUGUGAGGAAUGUUUUCUUUUUUGUACUGAUGUUGAUGCAGCCACUUUGGUCCUUUCUUUGAGCCGCAAUGUCGUCUAAGAGGAACCCCAUCUUUAAUGACUGAUUGAAAAGCCUCAUCACCCCCCAUUGCUUAAGAACCUCUUAUCUAUAUCACUAGCCAUUAAUCAGUGACCACCGUUAUCAAAGCUCCAAGAUGGGCAUGAUGCAACUUCCUGGAUGGUGCUGAGCCUGUUUGUCAACAUGUGGAACCCACGUGUAUUUAGGGGUAGGUAUGUUUACUCUCAAUUAUCUCUCUUAGAAACCGCAUAAGGCGUUAUUUUUCUGAUCUAAAAUUUUUCUUGAAGCAUUUAACUAAAAU